GAGGUAAUUUUUAGUCUUGUUUGAUUUUUAUAAGUAUUGUUGUGCGGGUCAAGUAUGCCAAUCUUUGAACCAUACAAUCUCAAAAAGAUAAAGAAAAUCAUAAGCGCCGGAAUUUUAAGAUAGUCCAAGUCGAGUCUGACAUUUUAACCUAGCAACAAUGGAUCAGAGGGUUACGUGCAUCUUUCAUAUUUGUUUGGCCUGGGCAACAGACGCUCAGGAGAGUAACAAGGAAUUCAGCUACUACAUCUUGACCAAUGUCAACUGGGACUCUGCAAAUCAAAUUUGCGGCAUCUCAAAUGCAACGCUUGCCAACUUGGAAACGCAAGAGGACCUGACGAAAGCAUGGAACAAUGCUCCUGUUGUGUGGCCGUACUGGACAUCUGCUAGUGAUAACGAGCCUGGAGAUUUCACCUGGGGCAACGGCAACCCGCUCUUUAAUAAUUCUAGCAUGUGGGCUGCCAAGGAGCCCAAUGACUUUGGAGCUGAUCACAAAACCUGUGUCACAAUGAGCGGAGGCAAGCUCUUUACGGAGCGUUGCACUUGGGCCUGGUAUGUUGUUUGCGAAAAACUUAUAAACUAAUAAAAUUCCAUUAUUCAAAAACAAAAAAA